AUGGUUGAUGCUAAAGAUUCAGCAAUAAAGAUUGGCCAGCAUGUGCUAAUACGCUUGCCAUCCAAAGGCUUGAAGGUUGUUCAAUUACAGGAAUCUGGGCGUAUUAGUUUAGGUAAAUUUGGAUCGUUCCAAGUUUCCUGCAUUUUAGGCUACCCAUUAGGUUCUUCGUUUGAAAUUGUGGAUGACAGCACAGUUCGGGUAAUAAAAAGUAUCACUGAUGCUGGUGAUAUUUGGAAUGCAGAUGAGGAUGUACAGAAACAGGAGCUUACAAAAAUGUUUAGCGAUAGCGCCGAGAACAACCAGAACAUUAUAGAUAUCGGAGCCAAAAUACAAACUUUAUCUAAUGAUGAUAUCGAUGAAUUGAAAAGAACCGGAGCUUCAUCUCAAGUUGGACAAUUGAUUAUUGAAAAGAUGAUUGCUGGACACGGUGGAUUCGAUAAGAAGACGAUAUUUUCGCAGGAAAAGUACUUGAAAAGAAAGCAACAAAAAUUCCUUAGAAGAUUCACUGUGGACUACCUAGGAGCUGCUGAGCUUUUAGAAUAUAACCUCGAAAAAGAUGCCUCAAGAGUCUUGGAUUUGAGCGUAGAGUCUUUAGGCUUGUUGAUGACAUAUGGUAAUAUACGCCCAGGGGGGAAGUAUUUAGUAAUUGAUGAAACUGGUGGUCUACUUUUAUACGCGAUGUUGGAGAGAAUGAACUGUGAAGGCACUAUAGUACUUCUCCAUGAAAACGAACAUGCAAACUCAAUCAUGUUGAGGUAUUCUGAUUACGAUGAGCUGGUCAUAAGCAGAGUUGUGAAACCUAUCAAUUGGUUACAGUUUUCAGAGCCCGAGAAUGAAAAGAUGCAGAUCAACGAUGAAGAUUACGAACCCAAAAAACCAAAACUUAAGGAGCAGCUUUUGAGAAAAAAGGAGAGAGCAAAGCAUAUCAAUGAUGUAAUUGAUUUGGUAGAGGAAGGUAAUUUUGAUGGUUUCGUAUCAAUGUCGACUUUGUACAUGCCCGAUGUUUUAUCACAUGUAAUACCUAGAAUUGGUGGAUCUAGGCCGAUAGUUAUAUACAACCAGUACAAGGAGCUUUUGGCAGAAGUACAACAGCAUUUCACAAAUGACCGUCGGAUAAUUGCAUCAUCAAUCUUUGAAACUAGGGUUAGGCCUUAUCAGACUAUACCUGGGCGAAUGCACCCAUUAAUGACUAUGAGAAGUGGUGGAGGUUAUGUGUUGUGGGGCACUAGAGUUUUCCCAGAUGACAGUGUCGUUGCUGUUGGAAAGGGAAUGAAGAGGAGAAGAGAAGAAUCGGUCGAUACCGCUGCUUCAGGUACACCAGCUACUGACAUAGAAGUUUUGGUGGAGACUUCUGUUGAGCCUGAAUCAGAACCAAAAUCAAAAUCGACUGAUGUAGAGACUAUAAUUGGAACAAGAAAUGUAUGA